CACUAAACGCGGUCCCGGGUUCCCGUCCCGCCGCCGACUGCCAGUGGCCGAGGGUCGGGAGAGCGCGAGCUCGUACCCGCGGCUGUGAGGAGGGUUUCCUCAGACCGAGGCUCGGAAACGGGGUGCUCCGGCCUCCCGCCCGCAACCCGCCUGUUCUUCGCGGUCGCAAACGCUGUGCGCCCUACGCGAUGGGUGCCAACGAGGACCAGGAGAUGGAACUAGAAGCUUUACGUUCUAUUUAUGAAGGAGAUGAAAGCUUCCGGGAAUUAAGUCCAGUUUCAUUUCAAUAUAGGAUAGGUGAAGAUGGUGAUCCCAAAGCCUUCUUAAUAGAGAUUUCCUGGACAGAGACAUAUCCCCAAACACCUCCGGUUAUAUCUAUGAAUGCAUUUUUUAACAACACCAUCCCCUCAGCUGUGAAACAGAGUAUCUUAGCCAAACUACAGGAAGCAGUAGAAGUGAACCUUGGCACCGCCAUGACCUACACGUUGUUUGAGUAUGCUAAGGACAACAAAGAGCAGUUCAUGGAGAACCACCAUCCUGGGAAUCCUACGCCAACGCCCAUAGCCAAUAUCAUCUCGGUUGAAACUCCGAGCACAGCCCCCUCAAGUAAGAAAAAAGACAAGAAAGAGCAACUUUCCAAAGCUCAGAAACGCAAGCUGGCAGAUAAAACAGAUCACAAAGGGGAGCUCCCUCGAGGCUGGAACUGGGUUGAUGUCGUGAAGGUAUAGCAUACUUACAUUCAAGUCUUCAAAGUUGUUACAGUUGUUGCCAUCAAAUAACAAAAUGUCUAUUUUCCAUUUUCCUCCUGCCUCCUUUGGAAUU